CUCUCUCUUUACACUUUUACCUCGUAAGUGAAUAUAUGAAAAGUCCGUGAUAAUGAUUAUAAAUUAAGACUCGAAAUGAUACUGAUAAUGCUUAUGAGCACAGUGAGAAAGAGUAGUGAGAGAAGAGAGCGUAGUGAGUACUAGAGUGACAAUGUACAAACUACAAUGCUACCAUCUUCACCAUUAAACCACUACUCAUAGAAGAAGCUCAUAUUCAUCCCAAGCUAGUUACUUUCUUAACUCCAUUUUUUUCAGAAGCACGAAAAUGUACUAGUAAAACCUGAAAUUUUUCAGAGAGUAGUAUACUAUAUACAUAUAUAUAUAUAUAGCUACUAUUCUCACUCACUAGCUACUACACAAUUUGAAAGAUGGUUCGAAGAACCUGCAUUGUUCUAAUAAUCUCUCUUCUGAGCUCACUCUCAUGUCUUGGUGUUGCAUAUCUUAACCUCACUCUUCCUGGCCAGCAUCCUUUUCCUGAACAGAUUGUUCAUGAUGUACACAGGAAAGUAAAUGCAUCCAUAGCAAGAAGGGAAAUGCUACAAACAUCCUUGAAAGACCAAUCCUCAACAUAUUCUUCAUGCCUAACCGGUAACCCUAUUGAUGACUGUUGGAAAUGCGACCCGGACUGGCCCAACAACCGGCAGCGCCUGGCUGACUGCGCAAUCGGGUUCGGGCAGUACGCCGUUGGAGGCAAAGGUGGCAAGUACUACAUUGUCACUGAUAACUCCGACGAUGAUGCUGUCACCCCAAAGCCAGGGACUCUCCGGUACGCCGUGAUUCAGACAGAGCCGCUGUGGAUUGUGUUCCCAGAGAACAUGCUUAUAAAGCUGUCCCAAGAGCUCAUCUUUAACAGUUACAAAACUUUGGAUGGGAGAGGAGCUAACGUACACAUUGUGGGUGGUGGUUGCAUUACGUUGCAGUAUAUAAGCAAUGUCAUUAUACACAAUAUUCAUAUUCAUCAUUGUCAUGUUUCAGGGAAUGCCAAUGUACGGUCAAGCCCAUCACACUAUGGAUACAGAACAGAAUCAGACGGUGAUGGAAUCUCCAUCUUUGGUUCGAAGGACAUAUGGAUAGAUCACUGCUCACUGUCACACUGCAAGGAUGGGUUGAUAGACGCAGUGAUGGGGUCAACUGCAAUCACCAUAUCCAACAACUACUUCUCACACCACAACGAGGUUAUGUUGCUCGGCCACAGCGAUGACUACACUCCCGACUCAGGCAUGCAAGUCACCAUUGCCUUCAACCACUUCGGCGAGAAGCUCGUACAGCGCAUGCCCCGAUGUCGCCGUGGCUACAUUCACGUCGUUAACAAUGACUUCACUCGUUGGGAGAUGUACGCCAUCGGUGGUAGUGGCAACCCCACCAUCAACAGCCAGGGAAACCGCUACACCGCCCCUAUUGACCGCAAUGCCAAGGAGGUGACAAAGAGAGUAGAGACAGGAGAAGGAGAAUGGAGGAGCUGGAAUUGGAGAUCGGAGGGAGAUAUAAUGGUGAACGGUGCAUACUUUGUGGCCUCGGGUGAAGGUGUUGAGGUUAAGUAUGAGAAGGCCUAUAGUGUGGAGCCUAAAUCAGCUGUGCUUAUCGAUAUGCUCACCUUACAUGCUGGUCCACUCGGAGUUGGUGGCAGGGACAACAAUGUGGGGAUGUGGAGCACAGGACCAAAUGGUGGAACAAGUGGUUUGGGAUCAGGACCUGACUAUACUGAUGACAUGUCUGGAAGUGGAAGUAGAAGUGUCCCUAUAUCACCUCCAUCUGCCUUUAUUCUCUUCUUCUCAUUGUUAUUAUCACUCUCAACCUUGUUAUUUUGGUAUGCUGCUUCUGACACCCACUACUUUACUAUCAAAUACAAGUUAUGACAGUAAACUUUGAAUAAUCAAUGAUCAUGUGCUUAAUUAGAAGAAGAAAAAACAGACUGGUUCCCCAUCAAGUUAAUUAAAAGAAAAUUGCACAAAAAAUUGUGUUUUUGGUAGAAUUGCAUAAAGGUAUGAUGCAAUCUUGCUACCAAUUUAUUUUCUUCAUCUAACUCAACUGUUCAAGAGAGGAAAAACCUUGUAAGAGGAAAGACUAUUUUUGGGUUUGGCUUUACUUUCUUGUUAUUAAUUACUUUUCUUUUUGUUCAUAAUUAAUUAAAAUGCAUGAUAUGAAUGUUUUUCCAUACCACCUAAAACCUAAUGUAGGUGGUUUGUAGGGUUGUUUGUAUUGAUGUGAAAGCUAAACUAAGUCAAUUCAAAUAACGUUUAUGUGGUUUAAUUGGUAUAAAUGUAAUCACUUUGAAUUA